AUGGCACCGACGGAUACUGGGCCCAUCCAUUCUCUAACUCUGACGCCCUCCCUCAUGGGAAAGCUAAAACCGGCCAAGAUAUUCAAGACAGCAGUCGAUCCAGGUCCGCUUCCAGCAGCUGGCAGCCGCCCUAGGGAAAAUACUGGCCCGCGACACAUCACAGGCAUAUCGUUCGACGACAAGGGCGGCCAUAUCAUCACGGCAGGCGAUGAUGAAACGUUUCGACUGUACAGCUGCAAGACCGCAAAGCACCUGAAGACCCUUUACUCGAAAAAGUACGGUGUCGACCUUCCACGGUUCACUCACAGCGACAGGAACAUCAUUCAUGCGUCCACCAAGGAGGAUGACACCAUUAGGUACCAUGCUCUACACGACAACAAAUAUCUGUCGUAUUUCAAGGGCCACACUCAGAAGGUUAUCUCCCUAGAGGUAUCUCCUAUUGACGAUGGCUUCAUGUCCUCAGCCAUGGACAACACUGUUCGUCUCUGGGAUCUCCGUACUCCGACCUGUCGCGGUCUUCUCAACCUCCCCGCUGCUCCCAUCGUAGCCUACGAUAGCACCGGGGUCGUUUUCGCUGUCGCCGUCAAUCGUUACUCUCGAAUCCUGCUCUAUGAUCAGGCCAACUUUGACAAAGCUCCUUUCCUGACCAUCACCCUCGAGGAUCCGACAUUAGCCCUUAUCUCCUUUCCACCGCGCGCCAUCUACAUAACAUCCAUGUCCUUUUCCACGAACGGCAAGUACCUCCUUGUCGGCUGUUCGGGCGAUGCGCACUAUGUCAUGGACGCGUUUGAAGGCCAUCUACUUGCCAAACUAGUGGGACAUGCCAGUUUAGAGAGGAGACGACCAGAGGUGCCACUGGGCAUCGAGCCUCAACGAGGCUGCAGCGGGGAGGAGGUGUGCUGGACACCAGAUAGCAACUAUAUUGUCGGAGGCGGACUGGAUGGGCGCAUUUGUAUAUGGGACGUGCAGGAUCUGGGGGAGAAAACAGGACCUAUCGAUUUGAAGGCUACGCCGAGGCGCCUGCAACCUCUGACGAAAAUGGAUGGCCAUCCCGGUCCAGCACGAUGUGUCAAGUUCAACCCUCGGCUUGCAAUGAUGGCCUCAGCGGGAGCGGAACUUGCGUUCUGGCUGCCAGAUCAGUCUCCAGACAGCGACGACAUUGCAAAGGACUUGGUGAAAAAGUUGGCUGGUUAAUUUCUUCUCAGGCCAUAAUGUAGCCAUUUAUUGUACCACUGUAUCUUUGCUGCCCAGACGCGCUCUUGCAUACCC